AUGACGGACGCUCUUCCCCACGGCAUCGUCUUCAACACCCACAGCAUCCGCUCGGAGCUCAACCACGAUGCACACGUCGAGGUUGAGGAUGUGGCGAGGUUGUGGCGAGUCUACACGACAAACAAGACCACCCUGGAGAAAGAUGCAGGCCGACGGCUAGAGAAUCUCUUCUGGAGGAUAUGGAGUAACGGCCGUAUCAGCUGCACGAUCCGUGGCUACACCUUGGCCUCGCUCUUCAUCCAGAUCUCGGAGGGAGCGUAUACCACCGAGGAGUGGCUGAGAAAGGAGAGAGAGAUCGCCGGCCUUAAAGCUAGGGCUAUCCCGCACGGGUUCCACGUCGACAACUCCAUGCCCAAGUCACCAUCUUUUCAGGGGCCAAGCAGAAGCAACAGCUCCAGGCUCACCCCUUCAGGCAGCAGCGUGAGAACUCAGCUUCCGCCAUCAAUCUUGAAGAAACCACGGCCAACCUCGGACGAGCAGCUGAUCGGCUCGCCUUCCAAGGGCGCAGUCACUGCGUCUUAUUCUGGAGACAGCCUGUACCAGCCUUCGGAUCAAUCUCGAUCUGGUUCCAUCAGGAGAAAGAAGACCACCUUUGCAAGUAACCUCACCCACUCACAAGAGAUGGAGCCAGGUUCUCUCCCCAGGAAGAUCGCUCGACCCUUUCCCGUGAGGACUCUCGAGAGUUCGGCUGAGCUUCGUCCUCAGUCGCCUCCACUGAAGUUUAGGGGACCAUUCGACGAAAGUCCUGCAGAAUCCCCUACUGCAAGGCCACCCAACCCUACACCCUCCAGUGUAUCGAAAAGGCCACAGUUUAGAUCCCCCUUUAAACAACCACAGGGCCAGCCCCAGCAGACAAAUUCAUACACAACCGAAGAAGGGAGCCUCACCGCAAACAUACGAAUGUCUGCGAAUAUCACGCCUGCCGAUAAAAGGCUUCUGGAGGAGUAUCUCUCAAACUCGGCGGUAACUAUAGACCGCAACCCACAUCAGGAGCAGCCUUCCUCCGCGUCUCUGGUUGAAAAGGACUUCCGCACCCGCUUCGUCAAGAAACAGGUCAAAGAGAAAGAACCUUACCAGCACGUAUCAUCCCUUACCAACUUGAUUGAUGGUGUACAGCCUGAGCCAAAGCACCAUUGUCAGCCUUCCUCGUCUUCGCCACAGAAGAAAUCCAAGUCAAAGUCGAAAUCAAAACACUCGCCCACCCCUUCUUCCUCCUCAAACACCGCCGCUGGCAAUAAUACUAAUAGUAAUAACAAACCACCAUCUAAUGCAGCGGCAACGGCGACGGCGCCAGAUGUACCACCACCUCUCGUUUCUCGAUCGUCGACUUCAAAAUCCCCUUCCACCCAAACCAGGCCGGUCAAAUAA